ACUAGACUAUCUUUCACUUUCGGGUCACUGUUAACCGAAGAUGGAGCCGACUCCGAAGACUGUAGGGCGAAUCAACCUAGACUGCCCUCUGCGAUCUGGGUGCCCGCUGGAGGUCGCUGCUGUACCCAAACUCUGCAAGGAGUUCGGUCCCGAGGACUACGGCGAAGAGGACAUAGAGCAUUUUCUUGGACGGCUUAUGAAGAGUGAUCCCCAGGGCCUUCACCGGAUCCAUGUGGAUGGGAGCAGUAGGCGGCUGCAGCUGUGGCACCAUGAUUACCUCCUGGACCAUUUCAGUGAUGAAGAAACGACUGGACAGAGUAACAAUGGCAAGAGGGCUGAGAGACUGGCCACAUACUGUGGUCUCCGCAAGUCCUUCCUGUACCCUUCCCAAGGACCUGAGUCCUCCUGUCAAAUCCCCUCUGCCUCAGCCUUUUCCUGUGCCCCAGACAGCCUGCUUCAGGUAGCCCUGCCCCAGAAGCUCCUGGUGACUGAGGAGGAAGCCAACCGUCUGGCAGAGGAGCUGGUGGCUGAGGAAGAGCGCAUGAAACAGAAAACAGAGAAGAAACGACUCAAGAAGAAGCGUCAAAAAGAACGAAAGCGACAGGAACGCUUGGAGCAGGAUUGUGGGGAGUCCAAGGCCAAGGCUACCACAGAUGGGGAUGAGAGCCUUCCUUGUAGCUCUGGGAACCCAGCUGUGGGACAGUGUAAUGAGGAAGAGGACUCACUGGAUCUUUCUAGCACUUUCGUGUCUCUGGCUUUGCGGAAAGUUGGAGAUCGGCUCCCCAGUACCCGCAGAGAGAAGAGACUAAGCCAGAAGGCCCAAGGCAGGGGCCCAGGCCCUCAGGAGAAGAUGGAUCAAGAGGAAGGGAGCCUUCCAAAAGAGGAGAGGCCUGGGCAGAGUCCUAAGGCACAGGCAUCUCCAGAACUUCUAGGAGCUGCCUUACAGCAGAGCCAGGAACUGGCAAAGUUGGGUACCAGCUUUGCUCAGAAUGGUUUCUACCAUGAAGCUGUGGUCCUCUUCACACAGGCCUUAAAGCUCAACCCGCAGGACCACCGGUUAUUUGGAAAUCGUUCCUUUUGCCACGAGCGGCUGGGUCAGCCAAUAUGGGCCCUGGCUGAUGCCCAGGUGGCCCUCACCCUAAGGCCUGGCUGGCCCCGGGGCCUGUUCCGUUUGGGCAAGGCCUUGAUGGGACUACAGCGCUUUCAGGAGGCAGCUGCUGUGUUCCAGGAAACACUAAGAGGUGGGCCCCAGCCUGACGCAGCCCGGGAGCUCCACUCUUGCCUUCUCCAGCUCACUCUGCAGGAUCAGCGAGGAGGAAUCUGUACACCACUUCCACCUGCCAAUGUUGAGCUGGGAGCCUCAGGUCUGCUGCCUCUAAGUUGCCUGCCACGCACUGCUCGAGGGGCUUCUGCCCAUCUGUCUCCACCCUUGCAUUAUUCCCCAUGUCACCUGAGCCAUCCCAAUGGGCCCCUCCCUCAGAUUCAGAAUAGAAGACCCCUUCUCCAUCUCCAGGACCCUUCAAAGAGCUGGUGCAUCCUGGGACUUGGGCCCAAGCAUCUACCUCAGGCCAGGUGAAGAAGGACCUGACUCUCUUAGGGAAAAGCCAUGUGUACAUCCCAAAGGGAUGGGGACACUGUGUGGUGACAGUUCACUGUGUAUUUUGAGACCUU